GCGAACAUAACAUAUCUGAGACUCGUUCUUGGUUUUAGCAGCUUUCAUAAUCGGUGAAACCGACGCAUCCCAAGCUAAACGGAAAAGUAAUAUUUACUCUGUUACCGAGAUACGGAUUACUGGAUAUUAAUUUUACUACUACGACUACGACGACUUUGUACACAUCAUCAUGGUUGCUGUAACGUUCUACCUGGCCGCAGUCACUGUCGGCCUCACUAUGGCAUACGUCAAAUAUCUCUAUAGACGAAGGCGAGAAAAUGAGCCUCCGUUAGUCCCGGGAAACCUUCUGCUGGGCAACGGGAUCGAGUUCGGCAAGCAUGCCGUCCAGUUCCUGCACCGGUGCCAGAAGAAAUUUGGCGACAUCUUCACGAUACGCCUGCUGAAUCAACACCUGACGAUCGUCGCCGACCCCCACUCGUACGAACAGUUCGCGAAGGAGCGCAAGUUCGACUUCGACCCGAUCCAGCGGCAGGUGAAUCACAACAUCUUCAGCUACGAGCUCGUGGACGCCAGGAAGAUGCUGAGCGAGGCCGGCAAGAAAGUGAACGGCCGCUACCUGUACCUGGGCCUCAAGAACUUCUCCGACAACCUCAAGGACGCCUUCCAGCAGGUCACCACCGUCGACGUCAACGGCAACGACGUGAAGACCGUCGGCGACCAGUGGGGGGAGGACGGCCUGCGUAACUUCACCGCCAGGACGCUGUUCUCGGCGCUCUUCUACACCAUCUUCGGCCACGGGCCCGCCGCCGAGGAGUUCCACCCGCAGGUGUUCCACAAGAACUUCGACAUCUUCCACAAGUACUUCAACUACAUGUGGCUAGGCAUCGGCGUCAAGUGGUUCCCCAAGGCCCUGGAGGCGCUGCGGGUGCUGUGCCACGUGCCCAACUCCACCGACAUGAUGAACCGCCGAGGGGUGUCCGACUACAUCAAGUUCUCCACCCAGUUCAUGAAGGAGAACGCCCAGACAGAGCAGGACAUCGUCGGCCACAACCUCGUCUUCCUGCACGUCAACUACAACACGUUCAGGGCAGCCUUCUGGUGCGCCUACUACAUCGUCAGCAAGGCAGACACAUACACCGCCCUGUCCAAGGAAGUGGGCGACCUGGUCCAGGAGAGACUCAACGACAACGAACCGCUGUGCUUCACCCUCGAGGAGAUCGACCACCUUCCAGUUCUAGACAGUAUAAUCAAGGAGACGAUGCGACUGACGAGCGGGGUGUUCAUGGUUCGAGAGAUCGUGGAGGACACUGACUUCACCCUUGACAACGGCAAGACAUACAGAUGUCGUCAAGGAGACAAGGCCGCCAUUUACCCGCCUUGCAUCCACAUGGACCCCGAGAUCUUUGAGGACCCUGAGGUCUUUAAGUACGAUCGUUUUGUUGACGCCAAAUUCUACAAAAAUGGAAAGGAACUGAAGAACCCCCUGAUCGCCUUUGGGUCACUGUGUCCCGGGAAGCGCUACGCGAUGCUCCAAACAAAAUGGUUCCUCAUGAACUUGGUCAAUAGUUUCGAUAUUGAACUUUUACCGGGAGAGGAAACGACGCCCGACACCAGUUUUUAUGGACACGAGAUUUUACCGCCGCGACGCGAUGUGAACGUCAAGUACAGGUUAAAGGACAACUUCCACGAACUGGAGUUUUUGCCUCGACGGAGCCAUGUGGCUUAAUCAGCAGAAAAAACCCCAAAACAAAAACAACUUACACAGAAAGUGUAAAAACAAACAAACUGUGGAAGCAGACGACUUUUGAACUGUGUGCACGAGCAGAGCUAUACAUGCAUUUGUGUAUUAUAGGCCUAAUUUAUUGACUGCUUCAAGUAUUUUUUCAUCAUUACAAAAAAUGAAACGAGAGUUGCUAUAUCCUGAGAAUCUCCUAAAAACAAAAAACAACAACAACAACAAAGAAGUCUACCGACUUGCUGAUCUGGAGUGCGUGUCCAGGACGGACAUGCUUGCACCUUGUAGUGGAUAUGAGCAUCAUGGGUCAGAGACUUGACUGAGAGGUGGUGGCCCGGUCCUGCUGUGGAGAUGGGCGGGGAUCUCAAGAGUCCCUUCGAGAAGAGAGACGAGUUACCGGAUUGGUUGGUUGGUUGUCUCGCCGAAGUCACGUGCAUUUUGACGAUGUUUCUUAGUGCUUGUUUCAAAACAAACAAAAAACUUUAAAACAAUUUUGGAGCUGUGACUUUUUUUCUCUCUUUUUUUCUUGUUUUUUUUUUUUUUAAUGUGUAAAUUAUACACGCGUUUGACUUUGCUGCUCU